CGGAAGUGGUACUGCCGUAUCCGGUCCGAGUCUGAGAGCCGAGGCGUGUAGGCGUGGUUAGUGGCACGUAUGUUUGUCUUUCACCGCUGAACAUACCAGUCUGAUCUUCAGGGCCGAACAAACGUGCAGGGGGCUCCCCACUGAUCCACCAUGGAAAAAACUACUACCCAACGCGUCCGCUGGAUUUGCCUGUGCCUUGUUUUUGCUACAGCACUACACGAAGGUGUCCUGGCAGCUGUAACAGAUGCAGACACCGGUCCUUUCAUCACAGACUCCCUGGACGGGGACAUGUUAGAGUUGAGGUGCACGGCAGAGAAACUGAGCGACCCGACAGCUACCAUCACCUGGCAUCAGGACGGACCAAACGGGACUGUGCUAGCUUUUGCCAUCAGCAGUGACGGAGAUGCAGCUGCCGGCACUCUGAAGUUCACAGCUACCACGUCAUUCAACGUGUCAGGGACAGGGGCAGUAGCCAAGGACACAACCUACGCCUGCAAAGUAGUAUUUGGGGCAACAACACUGUGGCAGGCUGUCGUUACAGGAGACCCCACACCCAGAUCCCUGCGUCUGACACCUGACCGUGCACAGCUGUACUAUGGAGACAUCCUGACCCUGGCCUGUCCUAACUAUGGCUCACAGACAGACCCGGAUACACUGCCUGCUGACCCACUCACUGUACCUUCACCACAGGUUGAGUGGCAGGUCAACUCCACAGAUCCCUGGACAGGGGCCCUACCAGCAGGGGCAAGUGUAGAGGACAGCCAGCUCAUCAUUACAAACCUGGAUGAUUCUCACAUUGGAGAGUACUACUGCCGUUCCACCAACACUUACAGUGCCAAGUUUGCAUUUUACGAUGUUGCCGACUUGAUGGUGGCCCCUAUAACUACAGCUGCCCCAACUACUACCCCAACUUCAGAUAAUACAGGUGCUAUAGUAGGAGGGGUAAUUGGCGGCAUAAUUGCGGCCAUCAUUCUAGGUGUUUUGGCAUACUUUGGGUGUCAACAUUACAGCAAAUCACAGAGAGAAUCUGCGAAGUACACUGCGGCCGCGUCAGACCCAGUGUAACUGACUGAAGAUAUCUGAUGACUAAUAAUAACAAGCCGUCAGAUCUAUCUUUCAAGGCCUUAAUUCAAUGUUGUCUAUGCACAUAACAUAUUUGGCUUGUAACUGUAAAAUGAAGUACACUGCGGCCGCAUCAGACCCAGUGUAACUGACUGAAGAUAUCUGAUGACUAAUAAUAACAAGCCAUCAGAUCUAUCUUUCAAGGCCUUAAUUCAAUGUUGUCUAUGCACAUAACAUAUUUGGCUUGUAACUGUAAAAUGUUAAAAGAAAAACUUUUUAGAAGUUGAAUACCUAGAGAGCUUAAGUGUAGUCAUGUUAUUGCAAACGUCAGCUUUGGAGUGCAUUUGGUGUAAAAUUUUGUCUAGACAAACUCUAUAAGUUUUGUCAUUUUGUAAUGAGUGCAAACCUUUCAUCAAAAACCUACAUGAGAAUUGUAAUAUUUGGUUUGGCAUAUUUUUAGAAGCCUUAAGAGCAGUGUUUUUGUUACGAAGAGGAGGUAAAGUUGGUAAAGCCUACAUGUAUGUGUUAACAGUUUGCAACAUUUUUGCUCAGGUCACACCAACUUAAUGACUUUGCUCAAUAAUGAGGUGCAAAACAGUGAAAUUUAAAUAAGAAGGACAAAAAUCAAGAAGGGGGGAGUUGCACAUCUUUGGUGUGACAAAAACCCAUAAGUGAUGAUAUAAUAGUUUAUUCCAAUAUCAUUACUGUAAAUACAGUGACUGUACUAUCAAACCUACAAGUGCAUUGCAUAUUAAAUAUGAACAUAAUUGUGGUAGAUUUUAAGUAGUGGUAGGGCAAAAACUAUUACUAGUACAUGAAACCCCAUAGCCUUAGAGAGACAGUAGUCAAAUAAUCUUAACUACCUUGCAUCGUCAGUGACGUCUUCAGAGGAAAUAUAAUGAUUUAAUCAUUGUCAAGUUAAUGCAGCUUCACUUAGACUGCUUAGUGCUAGCUGUCAUUAGUAGUAGAAGGUGAUGUUGACUGUAUGUUGAUCUUUUGUCAGUAAUUCUUUAAUUUGAUGCGUAACAAUCCAUGUAAUAGUCACCUUGUACCCAAUACGAUAAUCUGGAAAUAUUUGCAGUUUACAACAUUUUCUACAUAUUUGUGUGUGCCAACCAUGAAACAUUUCAUGGCUAAUACACAGAUGCUGCUGCUUUGUGUAUUAGGGUCCUGUUUCACUAUGCUGCCUACAGAGUAAAAUUGCUGGUCCACACUA